AUGAGCACAUUGCAACCUACAAUAUUAAAUAAACCAAGUGAGAGAGUAUACUCAGUAGCUAAAGUCUAUAGAAAUAGUUGCAGUUCGAUGCCCCGUGAUUAUUGGGAUUAUGAGCAAUGCACUGAUUUCAACUGGGGUAGAAUCAGCAACUAUGAAGUUGUUAGUAAAAUUGGGAGAGGUAAAUAUAGUGAAGUUUUCAGAGGGUUGACUGUCAAAGAAAAUGCAUCCUGUGUUAUAAAAGUUUUAAAACCUGUUAAAAUGAAGAAAAUUUACAGAGAAUUGAAAAUUUUGACUCAUUUAACUGGCGGUGCUAAUAUUAUUACUCUAUAUGAUAUAGUACAAGAUCCUGAUUCUAAGAUACCAGCUUUAAUCUUCGAAAAUGUUGAUAAUGUAGACUUUAGAAAACUAUAUCCUACUUUCACCCUAUCGGAUAUACAAUUUUAUUUUUCUCAGUUAUUGACUGCUUUAGAUUAUUGCCAUUCUAUGGGAAUUAUGCAUAGAGAUGUUAAACCACAAAAUGUAAUGAUUUCACCUAAAGAGCGUAAAUUGAGAUUAAUCGAUUGGGGCUUAGCUGAAUUUUAUCACCCGGGUGUUGAUUAUAAUGUUAGAGUAGCAAGCAGAUACCAUAAAGGCCCUGAAUUACUAGUUAAUCUAAAACAGUAUGAUUACAGUUUAGAUUUGUGGAGUGUGGGCUGUAUGAUAGCCGCAAUAAUUUUCCAAAAGGAACCGUUUUUUAAAGGAAGUAGCAAUGCAGACCAGCUUGUUAAAAUCGCAAAUGUUCUAGGCACAAGUGAGUUAUUGCAAUAUUUAAAUCAUUACAAUUUACCAUUACCUACGGAGUAUGAUGAAAUUUUGGGUAAUUAUGUACGCAAACCUUGGGAAUCUUUUAUUAAUGAUAGAAAUAAAAAUAUGUGUUGUGUUGAAGUUAUAGAUUUAAUUGACAAUUUGUUGAGGUAUGAUCACCAACAAAGGUUAACAGCACAAGAAGCCAUGAAUCAUCCUUUUUUUCAAAAAAAAUUUUAG